CUCUCAUGUCAGGUGAGAAAUUCUGUCACAGUAAAAUAAAAAGACAAUGUUACAGGAAAGCUGUUGCUAUGCGUGGCAUCGAAACAGGCAAUCCUAUUGAUCUUUAUUUAGGUCCAAAAAAGGUCCCAGAAACUUUUUAAUUUAUUGAGCAGUGAUGACAUCUUCUCAAUCUUUCAACGCUAUCUCUUAAUCCUACAUUAGUCAAUAGCUGCAGUAUUGCAUUAAGGUGCAUGUAAACAAUCUAACCACAAUGUCAUGGCAGAAAUCCUGUGCCUGUCUAUUCGAGAGGGGUGUGUGUGUGUGUGUGUGUGUGCGUGUGUGCGUGCGUGCGUGCGUGCGUGCGUGCGUGUGUGGUGGGGGAUAAACCCUGUGACUAGGAAAGACAAGCUGUCACUCUGUGCUGCACACUUGAGUUGUUUGUGACCACAUGCAUCAUUUGGAAAGAUACGACUCCAGCCUCUGACAUCAACCUUCAUUUACAGUCUCUGCUGGAGUUACUUGGACGGAUUGUGGACUGUACUGUGCUACCACAUCUGUUCAUGUUGGAGCUAUAAAAAUCAACAUGUUGACAUCAGUGAUUUCCAUGCAGCUCAUCCCAAAGCCUGACGCUGUUUCCUAUUUUGAAGGGACUUCAGUUUUUCUAAAGUGAACAGUCUAAUUUUGACAAAAGAAAAUGGAGCCCUAAUGCAUCAAUCAGACGUCAGAGUGGAGUCACUUGAACGCCUCACUGAGACCCCCAAACAGUCAGGACUGUUGCUGUGUGUGGAUUAAUGUUUCUAUGUAGUGUGUGUGCGAGCGCAGUGCAGCCUUGGAUCCAUCGUGGAACCACCACAGUCCGCCCGGACGCCCAGCCUUCGGGCCGGAGACGCUCCAAACCAGCAAUUACUCUCUGGUGUUACUGAUUCAGCUCAGCCUGCUCUCCUUCGACCUGUUCGUAAACUCCUUCAGCGAGCUGCUGAGGACUGAACCGGCUGUGCAGCUCGUACUUUUCAUAAUCCAGGACAUUGCCAUCCUGUUCAACCUGAUCAUCAUUCUGUUGAUGCUGUUUAACACCUACGUGUUCCAGAUCGGCCUGGUGGCCAUAUUGCUGGAGCGAUUUAGAGCUCUGCUAAUGCUCUCUGCUCUCUAUCUGACCUUCAGUAUCAUACUCCAUUCCUGGCUCAUGAAUCUGCGUUGGCUAAAUACCAACAGAUUUAUUUGGACAGACGGCCUUCAGGUGCUGUUUGUCUUCCAAAGAGCUGCCUCUGUGUUGUACUACUACUUGUACAAGAGGACCUCGGAGUAUCUAGGCGACCCUCGCCUCUAUGAGGAUUCACCGUGGCUGCGAGAACUCUUUGCUCGGGUCAGACAGUGAUCCCACUGCAACAGAGCAUGAAGCCACUGAGGCCAGAAUACGUGUAGAUUGCACAAGAAAGAAAUUGUCCACUUAUGUUGCACUGACAUAUGCAUAUAAAAAUCCAUACAAUGGAUAAAUAAUUUAAUGCAACGUAUUUGAAAGGUUUCUGAGAUGUAUAACAAUAACAAUUACAUUUGAGAAACAUUCAUUUUCAAAUGCAAAAUAAGACAUACUUUCAGAUCUAAAAUGCAUUUCUUGCAACACAAGAACUACCAAAUCUGUCUGAGAGGAAUCGUAGCCAAUAAAUUUAAUCCA